AUGACUACUUCGAUUUCGAACAACGUAGAUGAAGUUGACAAUGCGAAAACAUUAUAUAAAGAUAUAAACGAAUAUCUAGAUUUCUUGGCUGAUAUUCUGCAAACUGAAACGGAUGAGAGUGAUGAACCUAUCUCUCCAACCGUUGAAAAAUUCUUGAAAGAAUAUCAAGAAUACGUUAACAGCAAUCGACUUUCUCUUCCAACAACUGCCUCGCUUUCGGUGAUCGAUUUUGAAAAGCAAGGUUUCGCCAUGUUUUCUCCGCUUCCUAAUUCACAAUCUAAUGACAAAAUCGAUGAAAACGCCGAAGGAAAUACUUUCAAUAAUAAUAACAAUAACAACUUGACUUUGGAUAGUCCUUCCAUCAAAUUAUUGAAGCAAUUGGAUAAUACUAAAUCCGUUCAAACUAUUGCCAGAGUUGAUAAGUCUCCAGCUAUUAAUUUUCUUACUAAAAUAUUUGGUGACAACUUCUUUGGAAAUAAGACAACUGAUGCAAAUCAAACUGAAUCUGAAAAGUCCAAUGAAGUCUUGGUACCUGACAAUGUACCUGAUAAUGUACCUGAUAAUUUGUCUUUAGCAAAAAUUGGUAAUAUCUCUCGUGCUGAUUAUCUUCCUUCAUGUGUGCGAUGGGAUCGAUGGGAAUUUUAUUAA